AUGUCUGCUACCCCCGCCCUCCCUCACAACGUAACCUUAACGGUCCCCUUUCCAUCGACCCACCUAGCGUCCAUUGCUCAAAAGGUCCUCUCCGUCGACCGGGAACUGAAACCAAACGAAUGUCGCAAGGCAUUUACUGUGCGCGAAGGGAACUCACCGGACUCGCAGGCCGAACUUAUCGUAACGAUUGACGCAAUAUCAGCCAGGGUAUUACGAACAUCGGUAUCGAGUAUCUUUGACUUUUUGGCGCUGGUCGUAGAGACUAUGGAGGCGUUCGGAGACCAGGAUGCGAGCGUAUGA